CUCUUCCCCCGCCCCCUUCAGCCUCCGGUCCUCCCUCAGCCUCCGCCUCCCGAAUUUCAGUGCAGCCUCUGUGGAAAGAGGAGGGAAGCAGAGAAUCGGCGCUGGUACGCGCCUGACCAGGCCGCGGUGACAGAAACUGAAGACAGAAAGCCAGACUCAUACUCCUAGGAUUUUGUGAACUCUCCCUUCUUCCGGAUCGCUUUGGGUUCUUUUAUUUUUGGAGGGGGAACGUGGUUGUGGUGGAGUCGGGGACCGCGUGUGUCCUUCCCCUCUUUAACCGCCGCCUCAGAAUUGCCUCUCCAUCUCUCUUCAUUCUCUUUUUGCCUCGUGUCUGAGGAGCCGGAGCUUAAACCGGAGCGGACCCAGCGGAGGAAGCGCCUGGUGGCAGGGGCGCUUAGCCAUGGAGGGCGGCGAGGGUGCGAACGACAAGAAAAAGAUUAGCUCUGAACGCAGAAAGGAGAAGUCUCGAGAUGCAGCCAGAUGUCGUAGAAGUAAGGAGUCCGAAGUUUUCUAUGAACUUGCCCACCAGUUGCCACUUCCUCAUAAUGUGAGCUCACAUCUUGAUAAGGCUUCUGUCAUGAGACUUACCAUCAGUUAUUUGAGAAUGAGAAAACUUCUAGAUGCUGGUGAUCUGGAAGCUGAAGCUGAAAUGGAAGCACAGUUAAACUGCUUUUAUUUGAAAGCCCUAGAUGGUUUUGUUAUGGUUCUCACAGAAGAUGGUGACAUGAUUUAUAUGUCUGAAAAUGUGAACAAAUGUAUGGGAUUAACUCAGUUUGAACUAACUGGACACAGUGUAUUUGAUUUUACACAUCCAUGUGACCAUGAGGAACUAAGAGAAAUGCUUAUACACAGAAAUGGUCCUGUGAAAAAAGGCAAAGAACAAAACACAGAACGUAGCUUUUUCCUAAGAAUGAAGUGUACCCUAACUAGUCGGGGACGAACUAUGAACAUAAAGUCUGCUACAUGGAAGGUACUUCAUUGUACUGGUCACAUUCGUGUGUAUGAUACCUGCAAUAACCAGUCUCAGUGUGGUUAUAAGAAACCACCUAUGACCUGUUUGAUAUUGAUUUGUGAACCCAUUCCUCAUCCAUCAAAUAUUGAAGUUCCUUUGGAUAGCAAAACAUUUCUCAGUCGCCACAGCCUGGAUAUGAAGUUUUCAUAUUGUGAUGAAAGAAUCACAGAGCUAAUGGGAUAUGAACCAGAGGAACUUUUAGGUCGCUCAAUUUAUGAAUAUUACCAUGCUUUAGACUCAGAUCAUCUAACCAAAACGCAUCAUGAUAUGUUUACUAAAGGACAAGUCACUACAGGACAAUAUAGAAUGCUUGCCAAACGAGGUGGUUAUGUCUGGGUUGAAACUCAAGCAACUGUGAUUUACAACACUAAAAAUUCCCAACCACAGUGUAUAGUGUGUGUAAAUUAUGUUGUAAGUGGUAUUGUUCAGCACGACUUGAUUUUUUCCCUUGGACAAACAGAAUGUAUGCUAAAACCAGUGGAAACAGUUGAUAUGAAAAUAACUCGGUUAUUGACCAAGGUUGAAACAGAAGUAUGCAGCCUUUUUGAUCAACUUAAGAAAGAACCAGAUGCUUUAACUUUAUUAGCCCCAGCUGCUGGAGAUACUAUCAUAUCUUUGGACUUUGACAAUAAUGAAGCAGAUGAGCAACAACUUGAAGUUCCAUUAUACAAUGAUGUCAUGCUUCCCUCAUCUAGUGAGAAAUUACAGAAUAUAAACUUGGCAAUGUCCCCACUACCCACCACUGAAACUACAAAACCUCUCCGUAGCAGUGCUGACCCUGCUCUCAAUCAAGAAGUUGCACUGAAAUUAGAACCAAAUCCAGAACCACUGGAACUUUCUUUUACCAUGCCUCAAAUACAAGAUCGUCCAGCUAGUCCUUCUGAUGCAAGCACAAGACAAAGUUCACCUGAGCCUAGCAGUUCCAGUGAAUAUUGUUUUGAUGUGGAUAAUGAUAUGGCUAACGAAUUCAAGUUGGAAUUAGUAGAGAAACUUUUUGCAGAAGACACAGAAGCAAAGAAUCCUUUUUCUACUCAGGACACUGAUUUAGACUUGGAAAUGUUAGCUCCUUAUAUCCCAAUGGAUGAUGACUUUCAGUUGCGUUCCUUUGAUCAACUUUCACCAUUAGAGAAUACUUCUACGAAUUCUCAGAGUGUGAGCACCCUUAACAUUUUUCAGCAGUCUCAAACACAAGAACCCACUACCAGCGAUGAAGUUAAAACAGUGAAAAUAGAAGGUACAGAUGACAAUAAAAUAUUGAUUGGUUCUCCAUAUUCUGUUUACGUAAUUAAUGAAACUGCCAGUGCCCCAGCAUCACCAAAUGAUGAGAAUCGAAAUCGGACAGUCUCUCCUGACAGAGCAGAAAAAGAAGUAAUAGAACAAAUGGAGAAAUCUCAUCCAAGAAGUCCUAAUCUGCUAUCUGUCGCUUUGAGUCAAAGAACUACUGCUAUAGAUGAGGAGCUUAAUCCAAAGAUAUUAGCUUUGCAGAAUUCUCAGAGAAAAAGGAAAAUGGAACAUGAAGGUUCACUUUUUCAAGCAGUAGGAAUUGGAUCGUUACAUCAUUGCCAGGAUCCAGAUGAUCCUGGAACUACUAUAUCUCUUUCUUGGAAACGUGUAAAAGGAUGCAAACCUAGUGAACAGAAUGGAGUAGAGCAAAAGACAGUCAUCUUAAUACCCUCUGAUUUAGUAAGCAGACUCUUGGGCCCAUCAUUGGAUGACAGUGGACUACCACAACUAACCAGUUAUGAUUGUGAAGUUAAUGUUCCUAUACAAGGAAAUAGAAACCUACUGCAAGGUGAAGAAUUACAGAGAGCUUUGGAUCAACUUAACUGAGCUUUUCACAAUUCUCAUUCCUUUUGGACACUGGUGAAUCAUCACCUAAAGCAGUCUAUUUAUAUUUUCUAUAUCUGAUUUUAGAAGCCUGGCUACAAUACUGCACAAAUUCAGUUAGUUCAGUUUUGGUCCCCUUUCUACUUUACUUUAAUGUCUUUAAUAUGUUCUUUAAUGGAUCAGAAACAGUGAGUUUUAUAAUUCUUUGGUAUUUAAACCAUAUAGUACACUAUCCUAGCAAUGUUAAAAUAUGCACCUUUUUAUUUAUUUAUUUUUGGCUAGGGAAUUUGUCCCUUGUUGAAUUCUUAUUAAUGAAAUGCCAGUAUAGUUAAUCUGGCACUAGCUUUCAUCAUGAUCAUAGGCAGUUGAAAAAUUUUUACAGUUUUACUCAAUUUUUCAUAAACAAUAAUGCUUUUACCAGCAGUACGUCGUAGCCACAAUCGCACAAUAUAUUUUCUUAAAAAAAAAAUACCAGCAGUUCCUCAUGCAAUAUAUUCUGCAUUUAUAAGACUAGUUUUUAAGAAAAUUUUUUGUUUGCCUAUGAAGUUGUCAAAUCUGGAGUAUGUCAUUGUUGGUCAUAUAAUAAUGGUUAUUAAAUGCUGUAUAGCUUAUGAUUAAAAGGAGUGAAGCUAUUUACAUGGUAUAGAAGAACAGGGGUUUUAUCUGGAAAAUCCUAGCAGCAUUUAUUUGGACAAAUUCUCUUCACUUAGAGAUGUCUGUAGUCACUGCCAGUUCAAAAGACAACAAAACCCUACCUGUAGUUGUGCAAGUUUAUGCUAAUAUUGUGUUACAGAUAUUAAAUCUAAAUGUUCUGCUUACCCUGUGUGGCAUAGGUGAUAUUAUAAGCAGAUUGUAUAAAUAAACAAUAAAUCAUGCGUUGUUAGCAAAGUUGCUCAAUAUUUGACAUUUUGGUUUCAUGCACUUUGUCGCUAUUAACAUCUUCAUGUUUUUAUAUAGAUUUCAAUAAUUGAAUAUAUUUUUAGAAACCUUAUUUUAGGAAUAUAUAGUUGUCACAUUAAAUACCUUGUUUUUCUAUGGGUAUUGUACAAAUUUUUCAUUUCCUUAUUCUUUUUGUUGUUUGUGGUUGGAUCCUAACACUAACUGUAUUGUUUUUGUUACAUCAAUAAACAUUUUAUGUGGACCAGG